AAAGCCCAACUUAUAUAUAAAGAGAAACACUCACACACACCACGACGCAGUUCCUCCGCUUACGGUGACGGAGGCUGCCAAGUUCAAACCGGAACAACCUUCUCAAAUCUCAACUAACACACCACACCAACCCUUCACUUCCAAAUCUUCAAAACGACAACGUAUAUAGGGCUUCUCAUGGAGACGCAACCACACGAUAAUUUGCAGCACGCACCGGUUUCUUCUAGCGACGCCGAUAACCUACCCAACGACGCGGUGGCUGAUGUGGCGGCUAAUGUUUCAAAUCACAGAGUCACCGAAGAAAAAAACGAUGUUUCAAGAGACGAAGUUAUUCAGAUUCUUCAAGCUAUUGCAUCCUCCGGGAGGUUCUGGCAUGACUGGGAUAACCUCAAGAGUAUGCUAUCAUUUCAGCUGAAGCAGGUAUUGUCCGAGUACCCUGAGGCAAAAAUGACAAGUGAGCAGCAAUAUGCUUCGCUAAGAGAAUCCUACUCUGAUUUGGUCAACAAAUUGAAUGAUGCACUUACAUGUUUUAUUGAUGGCCCACCAUUUACAUUGCAAAGGGUUUGUGAGAUUCUAUUGGACGCAAAAAACAUUUAUCCAAAUCUUUCCAAGCUUGCUUUAGCUCUUGAAAAGAAUUUGUUAGUUACAUCUACAUUGACAAUCUGCACUGAUCCAUAUCCACAAGAACCAGUACAAGAGACUGAUGCCAUAGAGAAGCCAAGUGAAAAACAGCAGGAGCAGCAAUCUGAUGGCGUGCAGAAUGGUACUGAGCCUUUGGUAACAGACAACGACGAAGUAAUGGUUGAGGCUGAUACGAGUGAUGAUGUGACCAUUGAAAUGGAAACUUUUGAAGACGCUAAAUCAUCAGAAAAUGACCCCGAGCCAAAUGCUAAUAAUGCACAAGCCUCAUGAUUACUAUCCAUAUUUAAAUACAUAAACUGUUGAGCAUAGACUCUUGUUUUCUCGCUAUGGACUUCAAAUGCUGAGAGCAAUGUAUAUGAGGGGUGAAUCCUUAGUGUUAUUAAGCUCUGCUCUUGUGAUAGUUAGAGCUAAGAAUUUCAUAGCACUUAAAAUCAGAACGAAGUUCCUGUUUAUGAUCUCUUUGAUGUUAUGCUUGUAUUGAUAGCAUGAGCUUGAAUAUCUCACUGUAAUCUGCUUUUAAUUUGUGCUCUGAAGUUGAAUUCAUAAACUAGUUCUUGAA